CCAGUUCGUGGCGGCGCGCCAUUUCCGCCAGGGCAAGGGAUGUCCGGAAGUGACAGAUGAGACACUUGUCGACAUCCACUAAGACAGUGAGUACAAGAUGUCCGACAAGUUCCUAGAGCGGAUCCAGCGAUUUGAGGAGCUUCACGGUGCGGCGCCUGCGAUGGAUUCGCGACGGGACGAGGGGGGGGAGGGAGGGAUGAGGGACGCGGAGGAGCAGAUCGACGUGGACGAUGACGUUGAGGAGGUUGCACGGGCGGGGCCGUCGGUGAGGGAGCGAGGGAAGGGCGUUGUCAGCGAGCCGGGGGGGCAGCAGGGCCAGUACUUUGCGUCGGCGCACGUGUCGGCUCGUACACGACCAGGUGCGGAUACGGCUGAGGCGGGUGCGGCUGCGGGGAAGAGGAAGGAGAGAGAGGAGGGGGACAGACCGACGGCAGCACAGAAGAGGAUGAGACAGAACACGAUCACGGAGUCACUCUCUUCAAAGUGGCAGAUGGAGUUCAAUAAGAGGUGGCUGCGGUUUGUGUACAGUCAGCGCCUGGCGUUCAACGUCUUCCGGAGCGAGCCGUGGUUGGACGUCGUCUGGCACUUCAGGGACUUGCCGGGGCCAGUGAAGGUGUUGUGGCCUUCAAAGAAUGAGAUCGCGAACAUAGAGACCAUUGUCCACACGACGGACGAUGUGGGAGCUGAUCUCGCGGAGGUCAGGGUUCCUUUCUAUGUCACGGGGGCCACCAUUAUGUCAGACGGAAGAAAGUCACGCGAUGCUAGACCCAUCGUUAACUUCCUUGCCGGCGGGUCGCGUCGGGUGAUGCUCGUCCGGACGAUGAACAGGGAGGGUGAGCGGGAUCGGGCGCCUGAUGUGUUGGCGCGCUGGAUCAAGGUGUUCGAUGACUUCUCCCCUAAGUGGGUGAACGCCAUCUGCACCGACUCCGCCUCGGCGAACAUGCUCCAGGGGCCCCAGCACCAGCAGAGGCCGGAGCAUCGACGGAUCACGUGGCUCCCAUGCGCAGUGCAUGUCUGCAACAAGAUGUUGUCAGACAUUGGCUGUUCGGGCCCAUGGUCCAAGGACAUCAUCGUGAGGGGGAGAGCGGUGGUGCGCUUCAUUAAGGAGCACGGCGCCGCUCUCCAUAUCUUCCGGGGGGAGAGUAGUCAGAUGGGCCUCAUCUAUCCUUGCGAGACACGUUUCGCAUCCGUGUUCGCGAUGGUGGAGCGUUUGCUGGGAGUGAGGUCAGCUUUGGAGAGGACGGUGGAUGGCGAUACUUGGGGUAUGGUCCCUUGGGACCAUUCCGUUCGUCAUUUGGCUAGGUGGGUCAGAUGGCAGUGCGCCCCGCAGUUGCAAGUUAUCGUUGUUCGUGUGAUGUACAUGUGGACGUGCUCCUUUCCUGUGGAGAGGAAUUGGGCCGUCCAGGAGGGUGUACAGACAAAGAAGCGUAACCGGCUUGAGUUCGAGAAGGCCGCGAAGUUGGUUGAGAUCUCAGCCAACGUCCGCCUUCUCUCUCAUCAGCGGGCAGGCCGCGGGUUCGCGCUGCCGUGGACUCUAGAUGAGUCGUUGUUGGACGUGGAGGGAGGUAUCGGGAUUCGCCCCUCGUGGAAGGAGACGGACGAGAGCAGGACGCGGGAGGAGGUCCAGGAUCAGAGACGUUCAUGGCAGCGAGACCCAUGUGGGUCCAGAGCUCCUCCGGGUGAUGUGGGCGAUGUUUUUGGGACUCGAGCCGCCACAUUGCACCCGUACCCUCGAGAGGACAGUGUUUCCGAGGGUCACGAGGACGAGGACGAGCCGGCGGGCCCCGCUAGCGCCGCUCCUGCGGUGGAUGAGCGUGAUGAGUGGAGCGACCCAGAGGACCUCCGUAGACAGAGUGGCGGAGAUGAGCUUUUCGUUCGAGUUGAUUUGGAGGAGGAGUUCGGGGGUCGUCAUGGGAGCCCUUUAGAGCGUCCGAGGCCUACGUCCACUGCCCCGCUUCCCGCUGAGCGGGAGACAGAUCCUGGGUCUGCACCUUCGAGGGGGGCAGAGUCGGGGAUUGGCCAUCGUCCUCUGGGUCGCUCUGGCACGGCAUCAUCCACCGCUCUCCCACUUCGACGGAGCAGCUUCAUCGACAACCAGCCGGUGCAGAUCGAUUGCAGAGAUUGACAUGGGUUGGUUGGUGGAGAUAGUGGUGCGCUGGCCGGCGGUGGAGGCGAUGCCGAGGUUGAUGCGGCGGUUGAGGGGAUACCGAUGGGCGGCGGAGGCGGUUUCAGUGAGUUUGGCAACAUGGGUAUGCCCCCGGGAGAGAGCGUGGGUCUGGCCCGAGGAGAGAGCAAGUCCCGUGGGGACAUCAGUGUGGGUAUGCAGGACUUACUGGGACAGAUCAGCUUCGCGGACCCAAGUAGUUUCUCCCCUGCCAUGCGCGUAGAGGUAAUGUUGGGGGCAGAGGGGGAUGAGGACCGGACACCCCCUGGAGAGACAUCUGCAGAGAGGCUGGAUAGGCUUGAUAAUCGUCGAGCGUGCCUCAUGGCACAGAGGGACCCCAGGACGCAGGAGCUCGCCCGUCUUGCAGCCGAGGACCGACGGAGGCAGCUGGGGACAUUUACGCCGGCGUCCGUUGACGUGGGGCCAACUGCCCACAUGGAUACUCCGGCAGAGGUUCACGACACGACGCAGUGGGAGGCGGCUUCGACAGAGGUUUCGAAUACGGGAGUAGAUGUUCAACAGGGGACGCACGAGAGAGGGUUGGCACCGACAGAGGAGCCACAUUCGGAGCCGGCGCAGCCUUCAGCUGUCCAGCUAAGGCCCGAGGAGACAUUGCAGGAGGUCGCGGGCAUGACUCUGCCCGCGGGUUUAGUUGAGGGUGUCGUGCAUAUGUCCCCGGGUCUGGAGGACAUACAGACGGGGCAGUCAGUGGGCGUUGAUGAUAUUCGCCCAUCUGCACAGGCGGAGGGGAUAGCGCCGACCACCGGGGGGGACGAGGCCGUAGCGGGGGCCGUUGGUGUUGGCGGGUCGCGGGUGCCGUCCGUGGCCGAUCCGAUGUCCACGUUUGGCGGGGGAGACCCCGCACAGGUGGACAGGCGUGACGCGGACGGACAGGAGAACAAACUUUGGUGGUUCGCACUGCUGUGGGGCCAGUGGGGGCUUACCUUCUGGAGGUUCCGUCGCAGCGGCAUCGGGCGGGGCCGCAGGGGACUUACCUUCUGGAGGUUCGGUCGCAGCGCCAUCUGGAGGCGCCGCAGGGCCUUUGUCACCCUUGACGCAGCUCCGAAGGAGGGCGGCAGUCUUACCCCGAGGUCGGUUGCCCGUAGACGGAGAGACACUACCCAACGUGCGCGGGAGUUGCUGGACACCAUGUUGUUCGGUCGCACAGAUCGACCAUGGAGUGAGACAAGACGGGUGACGACGGCGAGUGUCGGUCGUCAACCAGGUUUGAGAGGGGUUUCCACGAGCGCGAGACGUCGAGAUGUUGUAGCUUCAGGGUUUGGUGGUAGAGGGGGUGGCGGCGGUGGCAGUGGUGGCGACGGCGACGGCGAACGUGAGGGCGCAAGCGGUGCCACGACGAGCGCAGUGGAUCCGCCGCGGACAUACGGUUUGAGAGAGGCGUCGAUUAUUUUGGAGGAGCCUAAUGUUGUUACACGACUGAGGCAGGCCCGACACGUGCCCUUAGAUCGACGCCAGGAGGGGGAGACUUCAGGGACUGACGGUCUACCUAUGGCACGCGAGUCACGCCGACGUGAUGACCUAGCAGCAGCAGCCAUCAGGACGGUGAGAGGCAGGAGAGUCAUUAUGGACGACGAUCCCGACGAGCUUCCCGUCGCUCCCGGACCUUCCGCUGGCGGACACGGCGGCCAGCGUCAGAGAGAUCGAGGACGUGGCAGUGGUCGGUCCCACGGACGAGUUUCUCAUCGGUUCGAGCGAGAUCCGCAUGCGCACGACGAUUGUUGACAGAUUACGGACUUGCAUUUUCGUGACUUUCGCAGUGUA